GGUUAUGGGAGAAGGGAGAGCAAGUGAUCCCCUCGUCCCAACUUACUCCCCCUUCUCCAAACCUUGGGAUGUGUUGAAGUGAUGCGAAGUGGAAGGGUGCUAGCCUUGACGAUAAAGUGAAGGGAGGCUAACGAAAGUGGAGUUUCCCUUUCCGUGAAGGAAUAUGAAGGAGAUCCGUAAGGGGUUAUAUGGGAGAAGAGAGAGUCAGGAAUCCCCUCGUCCCAUCCUCGGUAUGUGUUGAAGUGACAUGAGGUGAUUGAUAUAUGCCUCUCCCGGGAGAGAGGUGACGGAGUGAGGGGUAGGGCGACGAAGUGACAAUGCCGUCACAUCCCUCGUCCACGCUGAAAGUGAAGGCCCAGUCCCUAGCGGGAAGGGAAGAUGAGGGGUAUCGGAAAAAGGAAAAGGAAAAGGAAGAGGAAGAGGAAGAGGAAGAGGAGAGGGGACACCAGCCUUUGCUAUAUACAAGUCAAGUUUUUCCUACCGCUUAUUUCAUGCACCUCAGCGGCUUGGCUCAAUACCUCGCCCGUCUUUCUAUUUCUUCAGCUCCCGCAAUUGUCCGGGGACCGUCGCAACCGCGUAAACGGCCAUGCACUGCCUGUCCUGUCCUGUCCCUGCUCCUUACGAGCCCCGUGGUGGUGCAGUGGCAUUGUGGCGUUAGGGCUUGCAGUCCGAAAGACGGUACGGCAAACACCAAGCCAUGUCGUGGCCUAACGCAGCAGGCCGUGCCCGCGGCGUCAGUCCAGAAAGGACAAAAGACUCGCCGUAGCCAGUCACGGUGACGGUAGAAGGAAAAGGUGCACGCCUGCUUACGCGGCCGCCAGAGCGGGUAGCAGGUAUCAAGG